GGCUGGGAUGGGACGGCAUGGGAGCGGGCGAGGGGACGGCUGAGCCCGCGGGCGCCUUUAAAUUCGGGCCGGGCCGGCCGCCGCUAACACAGCCGCUUCUCCUCGCCCCGUCCCUGCCUUCGGCCCGGCCCGUAGCCGCCAAGCGGUAGCGAAGCGGGCGGCCGUGCGCGACUCCAGACACGCGUGGGCCGGCGGAGCGGCCAUGCCCCGCAGCGCCCGCUGAAGCCUCCCCGCUCCGCCGCUCCACCGCUCCACUGCUCCACUGCUCCGCCGCCGCCCCGCAGCCCCCGCCCGCCGCCAAGCUGGAGGAGCGCCGCAAGCCCGAGCCCCGCAGGAUGGAGGACGAGGCAGUACUGGAUAGAGGGGCUUCCUUCCUUAAACAUGUAUGUGAUGAAGAAGAAGUGGAAGGUCAUCACACUGUUUACAUUGGGGUCCAUGUGCCGAAGAGCUACAGAAGAAGGCGGCGUCAUAGGAGAAGACCUGGGCACAAAGAAAAGAAAGAAAAGGAGAAAAUUUCUGAGAAUUACUCUGACAAAUCAGACGUAGAAAAUGCUGAUGAGACAAGCAGCAGCAUCCUCAAACCGCUCAUCUCCCCUGCUGCUGAACGUGUCCGCUUCAUUCUGGGAGAGGAAGAUGACAGCCCGGCACCCCCGCAGCUUUUCACGGAGCUGGAUGAGCUUCUGGCCGUUGAUGGACAAGAAAUGGAAUGGAAGGAGACUGCAAGGUGGAUAAAGUUCGAGGAGAAGGUAGAACAAGGUGGGGAACGAUGGAGUAAACCUCAUGUGGCCACAUUAUCCCUGCACAGCUUGUUUGAGUUAAGGACAUGCAUAGAGAAGGGCUCAAUAAUGCUGGAUAUGGAGGCCUCUUCUCUUCCUCAGGUAGUGGAAAUGAUUGUCGACAAUCAGAUUGAGACAGGGCUCUUGAAGGCAGACAUGAAGGACAAAGUCACCUACACGCUGCUCAGGAAGCACCGGCACCAGACCAAGAAGUCCAACCUGCGUUCUCUGGCAGACAUUGGAAAGACCGUCUCCAGUGCAAGUAGGAUGUUUACCAACCCCGAUAAUGCACGCAGCCCACUCCAGAGCUCCGUGCCCUGCCUAGCGACACGCACGCUGGAUGAUGAAAUCCAAGUGCAGCACAGCCCCAGCGUGGGAUGGCUCAGCAGUCCAGCCAUGACUCACAGAAAUCUGACUUCCACCAGUCUGAAUGACAUCUCUGACAAGCCUGAGAAAGAUCAGUUGAAGAAUAAAUUCAUGAAGAAAUUACCCCGCGAUGCUGAGGCCUCCAACGUGCUGGUUGGGGAGGUAGACUUCCUGGACAGUCCUUUCAUUGCCUUCGUCCGGCUGCAGCAGGCAGUUAUGUUGGGUGCUCUGACAGAAGUCCCCGUCCCUACCCGAUUUCUCUUCAUUCUACUGGGACCUAAGGGCAAAGCAAAGUCAUAUCAUGAGAUUGGCCGAGCCAUUGCUACCCUCAUGUCUGAUGAGGUGUUCCACGACAUUGCCUAUAAAGCCAAGGACAGGCAGGACCUGAUCGCUGGCAUUGAUGAGUUUCUGGAUGAAGUCAUUGUGCUCCCCCCUGGGGAAUGGGAUCCAGCUAUUAGGAUAGAGCCCCCCAAGUCUCUUCCAUCUUCAGAUAAAAGGAAAAACAUGUACUCUGGUGGAGAAAAUCUGCAGAUGAAUGGAGACACGCCUCAUGAUGGAGGACAUGGAGGCGGGGGACAUGGGGACUGUGAAGAGCUGCAGCGAACUGGCAGAUUCUGUGGUGGCUUAAUCAAAGACAUAAAGAGGAAAGCACCGUUCUUCGCCAGUGACUUCUAUGAUGCUUUAAAUAUUCAAGCCCUUUCAGCCAUUCUUUUCAUCUACCUGGCCACAGUGACCAAUGCUAUCACUUUUGGAGGACUGCUUGGUGAUGCUACAGAAAACAUGCAGGGGGUGUUGGAGAGUUUUCUGGGCACAGCAGUCACCGGAGCGAUAUUUUGCCUUUUUGCUGGCCAGCCACUCACUAUUUUAAGCAGCACGGGACCUGUCCUUGUCUUUGAACGACUUCUCUUUAAUUUCAGCAAAGACAAUGAUUUUGACUACCUGGAGUUUCGUCUCUGGAUCGGCCUCUGGUCAGCCUUCCAGUGUCUCAUUCUUGUUGCUACUGAUGCCAGCUUCCUGGUCAAGUACUUCACACGCUUCACCGAAGAAGGUUUCUCCUCACUUAUUAGCUUCAUCUUCAUUUACGAUGCUUUCAAGAAGAUGAUCAAGCUGGCAGAUUAUUACCCUAUCAACUCUGAGUUCAAGGUGGACUAUAUCACACAUUAUUCUUGUGCCUGUGAACCACUGGGUCCAGAUAAUAGCUCAUUUUUUAACAGAACAACUGUGUCGUCAGCUGAGGGGCCAUUCUAUUCCUCUGCUGAGAUGUACAACACCACCAUCGACUGGUCGUCUCUGACAAAGAAGGAGUGCUUGAAAUACGGAGGACACCUUGUGGGCAACAACUGUGGAUAUGUCCCUGACAUCACCCUCAUGUCUUUCAUCCUCUUUUUUGGCACCUAUACCUGCUCCAUGGCCCUGAAGAAAUUCAAGACUAGUCGCUAUUUUCCAACCACUGCCAGGAAGCUUAUCAGUGACUUUGCCAUUAUCUUAUCCAUUUUGAUUUUCUGUGGAAUAGAUGCCCUGGUAGGUGUGGACACACCAAAACUAAUUGUGCCAAGUGAAUUCAAGCCAACCAGUCCUGAGAGGGGCUGGUUUAUCCCACCUUUUGGAGGGAACCCAUGGUGGGUGUACCUGGCAGCAGCCAUCCCUGCACUGCUGGUGACUAUCCUCAUCUUCAUGGACCAGCAAAUCACAGCUGUCAUUGUCAACAGGAAGGAACACAAGCUCAAGAAAGGUGCUGGAUAUCAUUUGGAUUUGUUCUGGGUGGCCAUUCUGAUGAUUAUCUGCUCCUUUAUGGGUCUGCCCUGGUAUGUGGCUGCGACUGUGAUCUCCAUUGCUCAUAUUGACAGCUUGAAGAUGGAGACUGAAACUUCAGCCCCUGGAGAACAGCCCAAGUUUUUGGGAGUGAGGGAGCAGAGAGUCACUGGAGUCAUUGUUUUCAUUCUGACUGGUGUGUCUGUCUUUAUGGCUCCUAUCUUGAAGUUCAUUCCUAUGCCUGUGCUCUAUGGUGUCUUCCUGUACAUGGGUGUUGCGUCCCUCAAUGGCGUGCAGUUCAUGGAUCGUCUGAAGCUGCUCUUGAUGCCUCUAAAGCACCAGCCUGAUUUUAUCUAUCUGCGUCACGUCCCGCUGCGCAGAGUCCAUCUGUUCACGUUUCUGCAGGUGGUUUGCUUAGCCCUACUCUGGAUUCUCAAGUCAACUGUGGCUGCUAUCAUAUUCCCUGUCAUGAUCUUGGCACUUGUAGCAGUCAGAAAAGCCAUGGACUACCUCUUCUCCCAGCAUGACUUAAGUUUUCUUGAUGACGUCAUUCCAGAAAAGGAUAAGAAAAAGAAAGAGGAUGAGAAGAAGAAGAAAAAGAAGAAGGGCAGUCUGGACAGUGACAAUGAGGAUUCUGACUGCCCCUACUCAGAAAAAGUCCCAAGUAUUAAAAUACCAAUGGACAUCAUGGAGCAGGAACCUUUCCUAAGUGAUAGCAAACCUGCCGACAAAGAAAAAUCACCAACAUUCCUUGAACGCCAUACGUCGUGCUGAUAAAAUUCCUUUUCUUCAGUCACACACUAUGCCAAGCCCUCCACGAACUCCAGUAAAAGUUGUGCCUCAAAUUAGAAUAGAACUUGAGCCUGAAGACAAUGGUUAUUUCUGGAGGAGCAAGGGAACAGAAACUACUUUGUAAUUUGUCUGUUAAGUCUUAUAUGGAAUUUAUUUUGUCACUAGCCAAAUAUUACAAUGCUCUCUGCUCCCCACCUGCGUAAGUAAGUGAGACAUUCUGAGCUCCCCGCUCCACCCUUUUCCCCCUCCAGAAUUCUUCUUAUUUAUCCUCACCCAAUUUUUCCACUUUGACCAAGACUCAUUUUUGCCUUCUCUGUUGCUUAGACAUGCACACAUCUCAUUUUCAAGCAGAGGGCAGAAGUAUUAAGGAUAUAAUAUAAUACUUUUGUGAAAUGUCAGGGGAACUGGCAUUAUUUUAGUUGUGAAUCAGUGUUUGUUUGUUUGUUUGUUGUCUGGCAGAACAAAACUGACCUCCAGGCUAAUUCAAUGUCUUUAUUACACUGCUCUAAGAUGCUGGAAAGUGCUGCUAAUACUAACUUGCUCUUAAAGCCUGUACUCGUAGUAACACAGGAAAGAAAACUAAAAGGUACUUCACUCCCAGCACAGACAAAUUAUUGCCAUCGUUGUAGCAUGUGUUUUGAAAUGUCCCUUUCCUAUGCAAUUUUUUUUUAAAAAACACUUUAAUGGACUUAAUCUGUCAGGUACAUUGAAGAGUGUUAUUUUCCUAGAUUAUUUUGUUUAAAUUAUGGGGGCCUAACCUAUGACUUUUUUUUUGUCAAUUUUUUUAACCUUUUUUUAAUUACUGUAAAGAAAAAUGAAUUUUUCCUGCAGCAGGAAACGUAUAGUUUUGAGUAGUUCUACCUCUUAUUUCUAGAUGCCAGGCUUUCUGUAAAAAUGUAUUGUACCAUAUAUAAUGUGAUUUUUACAAAAAAGAAAAAAAAAUACACAAUCUCCAGGACAUGGCAUAGGGCUGGAUCAGUUUUAUCAACACCUUCUACUCUGAAGCUUCUGUACUACUUAGGGUUAUUUUGUUUUUUAUGAAUAAUCUAACUUCACUAUGAAGGAGAUGGGAUAUAACUUAAAUCUCUCAUGAUCUAGGAUGAGUCUUAAGUGUACUGCUGGUAAGUGAAAUACUGACUGCUUAACAGUGUCAGUGGACGAUGCUGAUUGUAUUCAUUUUGUUGAUUUCCUAUGCAGUAUUGUUGGAAUUCUUUCAUGUGAAACAUCCGUGUGUGCACGUGUGUGUAUGUGUGCAAGUGGAAACACCCUGCAUGCAGUUGAGAUACAUGUUCUAGAUCCUCCUCGAGAACUGACAGAGCCCAGGCACUGCUUUCUGUCACGUACAGAAUUUAUUCUUACACCUUGACACUGCUCGGCCCUCUGCCCACUAAACCAAAACCUUCCAUACACGAUGACAUAGCGGUAGCAAAUCAGCUAGGCACAGUGACACAGUGACAGGUUUUUGGUUUUAAACCCAGCAAGCAUCGCCUUGUGACAGAUCAUUUUCUCUGCUGUGGGUAUACAGUGAACUUGAGUAUGCACAUAUAAAAUAGCAUUUGGGAAACUAGCCUUCCCCAGCACAUUUAUUUCAAGUGCGAGGAUUUCAUAUGACACACUGCAAAUGCUUCGUUGUAAAAAUGAAGCUCCCUGCAGUGAAGCAUACCAGGGAAGCAGCAGUGAGAGCGGCUGCCCAGCAGCAGCAGAGGGGGGGACAGUCCCUAAUAGCCCCCAGUGCUGGGCAUUAAAAAACACACUUGCAGAAACUAUUUUGUAAUGCCUAACACGGCUUUGUUUCGUUUUUUUUUUCCUAAUGAAUAAAAAAGUAGAGCUUAGUGGCUUCCACACCUGUUGUGAAGAAACCAAAGUCCAUGUUGAUUAAGGAAAUAGCAUUUCAUCACGGUGCUGAGAGACUUUAUAUGCCAAAUUUUAGCAUCCACAAGCUAGUAACAACCACAACAACAAUCAGAGCUGCAAACUAGGACUCUCUUUUUCCCCAGAUACUAGUUCUGGUUAAAAGAUGCAAUUAUAUGCACUGUAAUAAUAUUAUUGUUUUUAUAUUAUUUUUGUACUAUUUGCACAGUCUUGUGCAAGUGCUCGUUGCUGCACAAAUAGGAUUGAGUUGCAGAGGAAUUGGCACAGCACACACACAUGCACACACACGUACAUUCCCCAGCUUGUUACCAAGGAAUCUAAAUUUCUGCUUUCCUAACAUUCUUGUUUACUGUGAGAAAGCAGAGCAAGAAGAAGGGAGAGCACCUGUUCCUCUUUGCUGCCCCUGAGAUAUCAGCAUCCCAUAAAUGCAGCCCAAACCUGCUUCAAAAAGGGUGAGGAGCUAUCUGAAGCAGCCAGAAAAGCAGCCACUGUGUGAUCCCUUCUGCUGCCUGCUAGGAUUAGUUGGAGGACAAAGAACCUGGGAAGUGCAAUGCUAACAUGUACAAAACUGUUCUAAUUCCUUGGUGAAAGUAAGUCGCAGACUACCAAAGGGGAAACAGGCUCAAGUGUCAUCAUGUACACAGUACAUGUGAGCUUUUAUGUUUUGCCCAGACACUUUAUUUGUAGAAAUCCAAAUAAGGAAAGAUCAGCAUAGAUUAAUAUAGAGAAAAAGAUUUCCUUAAAAGAGCACUGACAAAAGAACCCUCCCCCCAGCUACAGUAUGCUCAGAAUGCAGCAUACUGCACACAUGCAUAUACGCACACACACAUCAUACAUCCUUUCAUCUGCUAUUACCUGGUGAUUUGUCUUCACAAAAAUGAGGUCUUCCACUUUUGAACCAUGUUAAAUGUACUUGAAAUGUAUUGACUGCUGAUCUAGAUCUUUCUCUCUCUUAUUUUUUACGUUAACAGAUGAGCUGUUGUACAGAGGGUAGCAUUGUUCAAGGGAUGGGACAAAGAUUGCUGUAGUUUUCCAUGUCAGAAACAACUCUGGAUGGAGACAGAAGCUGGAAAAUUUUUAUUUCCUGCUUCCUGACAACAGCAUUUUGUUGAAGGCUGUGUGUCCUUUCUAUUUUUUUUCUUUAAAAAAAAAUUAAACAACCACAAGGACAACAAGCAAGAGCUCUGCUGGCACCAAGAGGUGGAAGGCAGUGAAAAGCAGCUGCCUAAUAGCAUUUGAUAGGCUGAUGUCACCACAAGGUGAGUUUCACUGCACUUUGUAGGCCUUGUGACAAUAAAACUAAAACUAAUUUUGGUUCAGAAUUGGACAGUUGGUGAGAAAAGCCUGGAUAAGCACUUCUGGCUUCUGGGAAGGCUCUUCUGAAAUCAGAAGAGUCCAUUAAAAACAAAAAAAAAAAACCAAAAAACUCCCCCAAA